AUGGAACGUCGGGCCCGAUCCCCUUUUAGCAAGUCGCAGAGCUGUGACGGCAGCCGGGUCGCGCAGGCCCUGGUGCCGCUGGGAUUUCCUUGGAAGUGGGUGCAGUGGCUUUCCGCUUCCGCUGCCCCUGACGCGGCCUUCUCCAUCGCCGACCAGAAGAACUUGGAACUGGACCUGGACCUGGACCUGGACCCAGACCACCCAGUCCCAGACCCAGACCCAGACCCAGAAUUGCAUCUCCCAUACCCACGACCAUACCCACCUUGCACUUGUCGCACCCACCACGACGCCGCGACAACGCCUCUGAACGCCCUCCUCACAUGGCUGGCCUUGUAUCUGGAUCAUCGGGGGCAAUGCGACUAUCACACUCGUUUGGGAUUUGGCUUCUAUAGACGCUCGGGCUCGCCAUCGCCAUCGCCGUUGACAUUGAAUAGCGCCAGCGAUAAACUUUACAACAGUUGGCCGUCGCCAGACAAAACCGACGUCACACCCACCGCCAGCACAACCCACUUCUGGGCCCAGCGACAGCGACAGCGACCGCGACCGCGACCGACACAGCGACAGCGACACCCCCAGCGCCAACGCCGACGGGCCAUGGGCGCAGUGAGAAUGCGGCCUCGACAGAUCCUCCUGACCGGAGGUCUCAUGUUCUUCCUCAUCUGUGUCUUCUCCAUCCUUCGCCUCUCGCCCUCCAGCACCACGAUACCCAGAGCCGGCUCCUUCUCCUCACAUGGCCGUGGCAAACAUGAUUUCUCCUCGUCCACGUGGCCCGCCCCUCCCCCCCAAGGGCCCUUCAAUCCCAAGCCGAAGCCUGCACCCGCCGGCUCGCAUCCCAUGUGGCACCUCAUCACGGCCGCCGAGCGCGAGCUGGAAGAUACCAAGUCGCGCCAGUCCAAGACGCUCGAGGACGCCGUCGCCGAGUACAGGAGGAGAUACAGGAUCCCCCCGCCGCCACACUUCGACAAGUGGUUCGCCUUUGCCCGCGCCAAGCGCGUCCAGCUCAUUGACGAGUUCGACAUGAUACACGAGUCGCUGACCCCCUUCUGGGGCCUGAAGCCCGCCACCAUCCGCCAGAGAGCCAAGGAGGCCCUCGGCUUCGACAAUGCCCUGCUGGGAAUCUCCCUUCGCGACGGCAAGGCCACGCACGUGCAGGGCGGCAGCGACUGGCAGCGUGAGGCCACUGUGGCCAUGAUGGGCAAGUUCAUGGAGUGGCUACCCAGCAUGGAUCUGUGCUUCAACCUCCACGACGAGCCCCGCGUCACCGUUCCCCACGAUGACCUGGCCAAGCUGGUCAGGAGGGGCCUGCAGGUCAACAUGCCGCGGGCGUAUCUGAACGAGAAGCCGAAGAACUCCUUCUCCAAGCCGGCGACUUUCCUGAACGAGGGCCACGGCUUCGAGGAGAGUAAGUUGACGAGAUUCAACGUCUUCGCCCACCAGCCGACCUGGACACACUCACGUCUGUCCUGCCCGCCGGACAGCCCUACGAGAGCGAUAGAAGAAGACGAGCAGGUGGACGAUUUGUCCAAAUACGGGCUGAGCGACCUCGGCUUCGUUUACAACACCACGGCCAUGUCCGAUAUCUGCAAUUCGCCCUCGCUUGGCUCCUCAUUCGGCUUCUUCGAUCGGCCGAACGCUUACAACGUCGUGCUCGACCUCUUCCCCAUCUUUUCGCAGUCCAAGAUCUCCUCAUACUCGGACAUCCUGUAUCCCUCGCCGUGGUACUGGUACGAGAAGGUGAGCUACGACGAGAAGAAGGACAUGCCUUGGGCAAAGAAGCAGCCCCAGCUCUACUGGCGUGGGAGCACCACCGGCGGGUUCAGCAGGAAUGGCGGCUGGCGCCGCCAGCACCGCCAGCACUUCGUCCAGAAGGUCAACGCCGUUGAGGACGCCAAGAUCCUCGUGAACAAGGGCAACGAAGCAGAGCAGCGCUGGGAGCCCAAGGUUGUCAACCGAGCUGACUACAAGGAAAUCAUGGAUGUCUCCUUCAGCCACGUCGGUCAGUGUGACGCAGGCGACUGCAACGCGCAGAAGGAGUUCUUCAACGUCCAGGGGCGCGUCUCGCAAGAAGAUGCCUGGCAGUACAAGUAUCUGCUUGAUAUCGACGGAAACGCCUUUAGUGGGCGAUUCUACGCCUUCCUGAGAAGUCGCAGCCUGGUCUUCAAGUGGGCCGUCUUCAAGGAGUGGCAUCUCGAGUGGCUCAAGCCCUGGGCGCACUACAUCCCGCUCAGCUUGCAGGGUGAAGACUGGCUCGAGGCCAUCAGAUUCUUCAGUGAUGGGCCUCUGGGCCGAAAGGAGGCCGAGAGACUGGCAAACCAGCAACGAGACUGGGCCAACAAGGUCCUCCGACAUGAAGAUAUGGAGGUCUGGUUCUUCAGGCUGUUAUUAGAGUAG